AUGGCAUUGCAUUUGCGACGGCGCCAACCCUCCCUCCUCGACGCAGUUGUGUCGUCCUUGCCCGCGCGAGUCGUGGCAAAUGCCGGGCUGGAACCAUCUCAGGCUUCCUUACCCGCAUUCUCGCCCGCCCAGGAACCAGGGUUCACUCGCGGGUCUGAAAAGCCGGCAGCCCCCAGCGCCUCACCAAGCACAUCUUCAGGAGCCCUUCCCGCACUUGUUGUCGCAACCCUCGUCGUACUCAUCAUCGCCAUCGUUGGCGUAAUCGUCCUCAUUAUGCUUCGACGCCAGCGACGGCAACGCCGGGCCCAGCGAUUGGCGUUCAUUCGCCCAUUCGUUCUUCCGCCAGAGUCAGAUGAUCUGGAGAAAGGCUCAGCGUUGCUGAUUGAGAAGGAGGAGAACGAGGCACCAUCGCGGAGAGAUAGCGAUGCCUCGGCAACCAUCUCUAUCUAUUCCGCUGCUAGCGCCGGGACAACGCGAAGCACGCGCGGCAUUUCCCCACCCUUCCCGGUCGCGAAAGCCGCAUCAUUCAAGUUGAAUGUCCCGCCAACCGCGACAACUCGGGAUUCGACGCCAGCCAUGCACGGUCCACCCCCGCCCUUGCGUUCCCCUCCUGCCGCCACCACGCGCGAUUCGACUCCGGCGAUGCACGGUCCGGAAAGCCCCGGGCCGGUGCCGUUUCCAUUUCCUCCGCCACCGAUCCCAGACUCGGAGCCCACAUCGAAGCGGCGCGAGGCGUAUCUAGCACGCCAGCUUGCGCGGCUCACGAUGACGAACAAGCGGCCGCUGAGCAGCGGUGACCAGUCACUGAUGUUCAGCCCGCUGUCGUCGGUGCCGCCCGACUUUGUGAGCGGGGACAUGCGCAGGGCGUCGGUGGCGACAACUGCGACUGCGACUGUGGUGGGGAGGAAGUCGAUGAGGUUCCAGAGGCUGACGUUGUCGAGGCCGGCAGGUCGCUAUUCGGAGCGGGAGUCGGUGUCGUUUUCGGAGUGGGCGAAGACGCUGGUGUCGCCGCGGUGA